CACGGCUCCACAGGCGCGGGCGCUGCCUCUCGCCUGCCUGACGCUGCUCCUGCUCUGCGGAUCGCCGGGUGAGUGGGGCUCCCGCAGCCCCAGCGCCUUUCCCACGCCACACUGCGGGGCAAUCCUUCCCCGGGCUCUUCUCCUGCUGCCUCCCUUCCAGCUUGCUUUUAUCCCCAGCCAAAGAGUUGAUUUACUUCAACACAUCCGCAGGGCCUCGGGCCCUCCCUGUCCCCAGCGGUGCCAGGGGGCGAGGGAUGGGGACAUCUCCCUGUUCCCUGCUCUGGGCUCAGGGCCGAGGUCUGGUGAUGCCUCGUGCUCUGCCUCUGCUCCAGGGCCUCUUGUCAGCCCCAAACCCUCCUGUCCUGUGCCCAGGUGUGGGUGCCCGGGCAGGUCAGGACUUCAAGCUGCAGCAGCCCCAGGACAAAGUGUCAGUGGCAGCAGGGGAGACGCUCACCCUGAACUGCACCACGUCUGGAGACGGUCCCAUUGGUCCUGUGAAGUGGCUGAAGGGCUGUGGCAGUGAGAAUGAGACCAUUUAUGACUGCACGGGCACAUUCCCCCGCGUGACGAGGGCAGUGACUGAGUCCGACACAGACUUCACCAUCCACAUCAGGGAUGUUCGCCCCAAGGAUGCCGGCACCUAUUACUGCGUGAAGUUCGGCAAGUCGCUGCGUGGUAUUUCAGUGUUUCAGCGUGGGAACGGCACCGAGGUGUCCGUGUACGCCAAACCCAGCAUCCCGGAGGUGUUCAGGCCAGAGACCAGAGCGGGGCCGGGGCAGUCGGUGCCUUUCACCUGCACAGCCGGAGGGUUCUUCCCCAGAGAAAUCACUGUGAAAUGGCUCAAGGACGGGGCGCAGAUCUCGGCUCAGCAGCCGCAGGUCACCCCUGGGCAGACGAAAUCCUCCUACAACGUGUCCAGCACCGUGUCGGUGACGCUGCAGGAGGGCGACGUCCGCUCGCAGCUCGUGUGCGAGGUGCAUCACCCCACGCUGCCGGCCCCGCUGCGGGGCAGCUUCCAGCUCAGCCGAGCCCUGCGAGUUCCCCCCAGCGUGCAGGUGGUGGCCGACCCGCCGAGCCCCGUCGAGGUGAACAAGACGGUGAACUUCACGUGCCACGUGAAGGGCUUUUACCCGGGAGACGUGGCCGUCGCCUGGCUGGAGAACGGGAUGGAGAUGAGCGUGGGGAGCACGCCCCCGCCAUCGGAGACCCCCCGGGGCUUGUUUGAGCUGCGGAGCCUGGUGGAGGUGCAAGCGACGGAGGAGAAGAACGGGUCUGUGUUCACCUGCCGCGUGGUGCACGACGCCCAGGACCCCAUCAGCGGGACGGGCACCCUGCGGAUCGCUGCCCCGGCCAGGGACGGGCUGAGCGGCCGCACCCAGAGCGAUAACAAUGCGAGCCUCCUGUCCAGCCCAGGCUUGUGGCUUGGCAUCCUGCUGGAGAAGGGGCUGCUCGGUGGCCUCCUCUUCUUCCUCUUCAGGCACGGGAGGCCAUGAAGAAGGACCCACCAAGGAUGCUGCCGCAUCCCGCUCCGUGUCAGCUCCUUGAUCCUCGGGUCUCGGUGCCGGGAGCGGGUGCUGGGGCUGGCUGUUGCCAGCGUGUGCCUGGAAAUAAAGGGGCUGGGCUGUA